AAAGUCUGUCUUACUUUCCCCAGCCCCCAUCAGUCUCUCUGUGCAUACCCCCUCCCCCUUCCGUCUGAGAGGGGCGGUGAUGUCAGAGGGGGGUUGUCUGACAGCCCCUAUAAGACAGGGUGCCGGAGGGGGGAUUUCUCAAUGAAGCCAAACCACAGUCAGCUCCUCAGGAGAGAGCAGAGAAAGAGAGAGAGAGAACCCCACACUGCCGUACUCCUCCACGGACCAACGCACCGGCUGCAGACAGACAGACAGACGCACGGCGGAACGGACGGACUCCUCUUUUGGAUUGACAGAAAAACGAGAUUCGGGACUUCAGCUGCCAGCUAGUCCUUCAGCCAUCAUCAUCCGCCAGCUAGCUCUCUUAGCCACGGCAGGGUCGCUGUUGGUGGUGUUUGGAGUCUUUUUCUCUCUCGCUGAGGGGGACACAGCAUAGGGGUCAUGUUUUCUGCUUGUUUUCUGGUUGUCCUCUGCUGCGCUGCUCUGACGGUGGAGGCUGGUUGCCCACUCGUGUGCUCCUGCCCAGCCUCCCCUCCCUCCUGCCCGCUGGGGGUCAGCGCGGUGACAGACGACUGUGGCUGCUGCAAGGUGUGCGCCAGCCAGUAUAACCAGGACUGCAGCCUGACGCUGCCGUGUGACCACAUCAAGGGCCUGCGCUGCCACCUAGGGGCCGGAGGAGACCCUGCACGCGGGCUGUGUCGAGCUGAAGACCAGGGCCGUCCCUGCGAGCUGAACGGGCGCAUGUACCAGCACGGGGAGGACUUCCAGCCCAGCUGCCAGCACCAGUGCAGCUGCAUGGAUGGGGUGGUGGGCUGCAUGCCCCUCUGCCCCUACCGGGUGCCCCUGCCCAACUGGCGCUGCGCCAGCCCCCGCCUGGCCCGCCCCCCCGGGGGCUGCUGCGAGCAGUGGCUCUGCGACGACCCCAACCACAUCAGCGAGGACAUGCCCCCUCCCCGCCCCAACCGACACCCCGACCCCGCCGGGAACGAGCUGCUCCUGGCCUUCGCCCCCCACAGGGCCAGCACCGCCAUCCCGCGAGAUUGGAUGUCUCUCUCUGAGUCACAUGGUCUGGUCACAUCCAAGUGCUUCCCGCAGACCACCGACUGGACCCCGUGCUCUGCCACCUGCGGGAUGGGUGUGUCCAGCCGGGUCACCAAUAGCAACGCAGACUGCCGGCUGGUCAGGGAGACGCGGCUGUGCCAGAUCCGGCAGUGUGACCUCGCCCUGGCCCCGCCCCUCAAGAAAGGGAAGAAGUGUCAGCGGACGGUGCGGCCGGAGAGGCGGGUGCGGAUCCACUUCGCGGGCUGCUCCACGGCCCGGCGGUACCGGCCGCGCUCGUGCGGGUCCUGCGCGGACGGGCGGUGCUGCUGGCCGUCGCAGUCGCGCACCGUGCGCCUCCGCUUCCACUGCCCCGCCGGCGACAGCUUCACCCGCGGCGUCAUGUGGAUCCAGCGCUGCAGCUGCAGCCGUCGCCGCGGCGAACGCUGCCACGGGGAUGCCCGCCGGCCGCCGUCUGCCAGCCCGCACAGCGACAUCCACACCUUCCAGCGCUGAGCUCGCCACUCCUCCCCAUGGCCGCACCUCCUGGGGCGGGAGGGGCUGUGGCUGCGGGGUUGCGGUUGGUUGUUUGAUCGACUCUGGUAGG